AUGUCGUAUGCACACAUUGGCGCUCCGGUGCCUUUCAACGGCACCGAUGAGCUGACAGGUGGUGAUUCGACCGAAACGAACCUCAACCAGUGGUACCAGUCCGGCGACCAGGCCUUCAUCCUCGUCAGCGCCUGCCUCGUGCUGCUCAUGGUGCCCGGCAUCGCGUUCCUGUACUCGGGCCUGGCGCGACGCAAGUCGGCUCUGUCGAUGCUCUGGGUGGUCAUGAUGUCCUUUUCCGUCAUCGUCUUCCAGUGGUACUUUUGGGGCUUCUCGCUCGCCUUCUCGCCCACGUCUUCAUCCGGCUUCAUCGGCGACCUGCACCACUUUGGUCUGCGCAAGGUCUGGGCCGCGCCCUCGCUCGGCUCGCCGCUCAUCCCGGCCCUGCUGUACUCCUUCUACCAGAUGAUGUUUUGCGCCGUGACCGCGGCGCUGACCGUCGGCGCCGUCGCCGAGCGCGGCCGCGUGGUGCCCGGCAUGGUCUUCACCUUCUUCUGGGCGACGCUCGUGUACUGCCCGCUCGCGUACUGGGUGUGGAACCCGGACGGGUGGUGCGCGCGGCGCGGGGUGCUCGACUACGCGGGCGGCGUGCCCGUCGAGAUUGGCUCGGGCGUGUCGGCGUUUGCGUACUCGUGGAUCCUGGGGCGGCGCAACGAGCGCAUGAUGAUGAACUUUCGGCCGCACAACAUCUCCCUCAUCACGCUCGGCACCAUCCUGCUCUGGUUCGGCUGGCUCGGCUUCAACGGCGGCUCGGCCUUUGGCGCCAACCUGCGCGCCGUCAUGGCCUGCUGGAACUCGUGCCUGACGGCCAUGUUCGCCGCCAUGACCUGGUGCCUGCUCGACUUCCGCCUCGCGCGCAAGUGGUCCAUGGUCGGGUGGUGCUCGGGCACCAUUUCCGGGCUCGUGGCCGCCACGCCCGCCUCGGGCUUCAUCGACCCCUGGGCGAGCAUCAUCCUCGGCGUCGUCGCCGGCGUGUGCUGCAAUUUCGGCACCAAGAUCAAGUUCCUCGUCGGCAUCGACGACUCGCUCGACGUCUUUGCCGAGCACGGCAUCGGCGGCAUGGUCGGCCUCAUCUUCAACGCCUUCUUCGCCACCAAGCACGUCAUCGGCCUCGACGGCGUCAACGCCGGCGCCAUCGGCGGCUUCCUCGACCACCGCUUCGUCCUCAUCGGCUGGCAAAUCGCCGCCAUUGUCGCCGCCUCGGCCUACGCCUUUGCCAUGUCCGCCGCCAUUGCCAAGAUCAUCGACUUUGUCCCCGGCCUCAAGCUGCGCGCCUCCGAGGAGGCCGAGCUGCUCGGCAUGGACGACGACCAGCACGGCGAGUUCUCCUACGACUACGUCGAGGUCCGCCGCGACUUCCUCGCCUGGAGCCCGCACCGCGGCGAGCCCGCCGAGGAGGGCACCAUGCUCGAGCCCCAGCACGGCAUCGUCGAGCACGCGAGCAUGUGUCGCCCGACCAGCUCCUCGCUCGCCAUGGCCGAGGGCAAGCGCUCGUCGCCGUCUUCUCUGCGCGAUCAGAGCGAUCGCGAGGAGGUCAUUGUCGAAGCGGCGGCGCCCGAGGGGUCGCUACCAACAAUGCGGGAGAAGUAA